CGUGUGGCGGAAGUUUGUACUCUCCCGUGAAGGAAGAAGACGGAGGAGAGGAUUAACGGGUCGGCCCGGUCGUUCAAACGGCGUGACGUUCAACCCAGUUCGAUGCGGACUCAAACACUCGUUCGGGGCAUUUGUAAAGAAAUAUAGCAAUGUCACUGCCAGGAGCUUCAAUCGAGGAUAAGAAAAACCACCGCGAAGAAACCAAGGGGUGACAACAAUCGCAUCACAGUGUGUGUCUGUGUGUUUAUGUGUGUGCGUGCAUGCACAUUGGCGUUUGUUUGUGGUACUGCCGCUGUCCCAACGUGAUGCCAACAUGCUGCUGUCCCUGGGAAUGCUGAUGCUGUCGGCCACGCAGAUCUACACCAUCUUCACCGUCCAGCUCUUUGCCUUCCUCAACCUGCUGCCCGUGGAAGCCGACAUCUCCGCCUACUCGUUUGACAACAAAACAGAGAACUUUGAUGACCUCCCGUCACGCUUUGGGUACCGUCUACCCAGCGACGGAUUGAAGGGUUUCCUGAUCGGCGCACACCCAGCCAAUGCGUGCGAGCCCAUCCAGCCCCCGCCCAGGGACAACUUGACGGGAGCCUUCAUCGUCCUCAUCAAACGCUUUGACUGCAACUUUGACAUCAAGGUCCUCAAUGCACAGAAGGCCGGGUACAAGGCAGCCAUUGUUCACAAUGUGGACUCCGAUGACCUGAUCAGCAUGGGCUCCAAUGAUGUGGAUGUUCUGAAGCAGAUCGAUAUUCCCUCCGUCUUUGUGAGCGAGGGGACGGCCAACACGCUGAAAGAGGAAUACCUGUACGACAAAGGCGGCCGUGUGAUCCUGAUGCCCGACUUCAGCCUGCCGCUGGAAUACUACCUGAUCCCCUUCCUCAUCAUCGUGGGAAUCUGCCUCAUCCUCAUCGUGGUCUUCAUGGUCACCAAGUUCGUUCAAGAUCGCCACAGGGCCAGGAGAAGCCGCCUCCGCAAAGAGCAGUUAAAGAAACUUCCCAUCCACAAGUAUAAGAAAGGAGACGUCUACGAUGUUUGUGCCAUCUGUCUGGACGAGUAUGAAGAAGGAGACAAGCUGAGGGUCCUGCCAUGUUCUCACGCUUACCACAGCAAGUGCGUGGACCCCUGGCUCACCAAAACCAAGAAGACAUGUCCCGUGUGCAAGCAGAAGGUGGUGCCCUCGCAGGACGACUCAGACUCGGACGAGAGCGUCGACGACGACAACGAGGAGGCAUCCGAGAGCACCCCUUUGCUGCGUUCGCUGGCGUCCACCAGCGCCCACUCCUUCGGCACCAUGUCGGGGGCGUCUCGCUCGGACCAGUCGUCCGAGUACGAGGAGCUUGACAGCAGCAGCAGCGGCGAUGGUAGCGGCAGCGGCAGCGAGGACGACGAAGUGACGGUGGAGACGGUGGUGGUUCAGAUGCAGCAGUCCAGCCCCGACAGCUGCCAUGACGACUUGCCUCACGCUUGAACCCCCGAGCCGCAGACUGGAUGGUCCCCGCUUUUCACUUUACGCUACUCGCCACAUUCAAUCUACUUGUCUUGCUACUCGGCUGGAAGCGGCGGGACGAGAGACGUCUUACGGUAAGACUCGUACCGUACGCAACACACUCGUCUAAGAUGGCAAAGUACGGCUCUGGCGUGGUUACGACACACUACUAUUAUACGUGUAUGAUUUAUUGUACAACCACAUCCAUCUUUAGUUACUAUACCAGACCGGGGGGGCACACCAAGGACUAUUAAGGCCACAAUCAGAAUGCAUUUGUAAGCUUGCAAGAAAAAUGUAUUUAAGACUAAAAGUCAUACAGCUACACUAACUGCAAGGCCAGUCUUGAGAUCAAAUCUCAAUAUGUGUCUUUACGUUUAAGUCAAAGGCCAAAAGCGGUCCGACUGGAUCCUCUAGGUUUCACCAGUCCUUUUCAAAAAGCCAGUCAAAUGUUGGUAUACAUUUUUUUUCCAUAUUGAUAAUGGGACAAAAAAUUAUUUUCGGUCAUGUUCUAGUAAAACAAACAUUUUCCUAGUUUUGGGUCUUAACCCUUUACAGGGCGCUCACUGAAAUACUUAAGAAAUUUAAAAAUUCAAUCCUUCAGUGUUAUUGGGGGCUAUAGGAAGAUUUUUUUUUCUCUUUUUACUUUUUAAAAAAGUUUCAAAGAAGUUACCAUAUACCAGGGGUCUCAAACUCAAUUUACCUGGGGGCCACCGGAGCUAGGUUCUGGGUGAAGCCGGGCCGCAUCAGGUUUUCAAAAAAAAAAAAAAAAACGCAUUUAUUAAAAACUGGAAAAAAAAUCAAUAAAAAAACUAUCUUCAAUGCUUUUGCUUCUGCUAUACCCUACACUUUUUCAGUACUUUGGUUCCGGUUUUCCACACCAAAAUAUCUGAUAAAACAUUCCACUGUUCUCAAAUAAGUUAAUUUUUAUUUUUCUAUACACAAAAUAAGAUAAAAAUAAACAAAUUAAGAAAAGACAAUAAAUCAAUCUAUUAGUAAUAAAUAAGUAAAAUAAUAAUAAAACACGUAAGAAACCACAUACAGUUGGUAGAGAAAUUAUUUUUUUCAGAUUCAAAUGUACAGUAUUAACAGUUAUUUAACCUUUAACAUGAACAUUAAUGAAACUUAAUAAUUUGACCCAAUUAGCAAGUUAGCAUCAUACUCAGUUCCAUCUGGGAGCAGCGUCGUAACUUUAACAACAUGUUUGAUAUUUGAGAUGCUUUAUCUUGACGUAUAUUUUCCGUUUUAUUCCAAAUAAUUUCCUGCAUUUAUUUGUACCCAGCGUCGUAAGCCUUUAGCUUCAUUGCUAAUCCAAAGCAAAACAGGGCGGGGUAACAGGGUAGGGUAACAGUAUGGGCGGGGCAAAAUCAUGUUAAUUGUGUCCGGUGUGCACACAGCUUUAAGCUGUCAUUUCAACAUUAAACUUUGGUAUCAAGGUGGGGGCCUUAAACUAGCGGGCCGCGAGUUUGAGACCCUUGCCAUAUAUGGUUCCUUGCCCAUUUAGAGUAUGGGAAAGGUCAAACUGCACAAGGUGACAUCAACAGAGGUACUGUAGUUAGAGUGACUGUGAUCAACUUAUCAUGGUUAGUUUUUAUGUUUGGGGCCCCUCGCGUCAGAAAACUGCAAUUUCCGACUUCUGAAUGAAGAAGGAAGUUUGAUCACAGCCCAUGAUGUCACUUCCUGUGACAUUGUCUGAUUGGCAUGAGAAAGUCACGUGACUCUGUUGCCUUGCUGAGACAUGGGGAAACCCUGUUUUUUUAAGUUACCAUAUAUGGUUACUUGCCCUAUAAAGGGUUAAGCUGUGUAAUAUUCAUUUAAUUAUCUAUAAUGGUCAUAGGCUAUGAAAUAGACAAUAAGUGCAUUUUCAAACACCAAUCUCAGAUCAGAGCAUCACUAAUCAGAUGAUAAUCAGUGGCCUUAUUACUGCUUGGUAGAUCGACUCAUGAAGGUGUCGCGACAUGGUGUUUUUGUCCUACACCUUCCCCAACCUCAUGUUGCCAUUUAUAUACGCCAACAUCAUUUGGGACUGUUGCUUUGCCUUUUCUUGUCAUGUUUUUAUUGCAGAUUCCCUUGAAUAAAAAGGCAAAAAAAGAUGUGUUGUAAAUGGCCUUUUCAAAGCACCCCAAACGUACCGGACAUUAAAAUAAAGCCAUAACUUGUGGCUGAGACAUGGUCAAAAAGGCAAUAGAAAAGCACUAAAGCGUGUCACGAGUCGGAAACAAUCAGCAGAAAACAUCCUCUGGUUGGAAUAAAUUUAUUUUGAUCUGUCUGUAAACAAGGUGAUAAAUCAAUAUGGCGUUGUCGCUUGUAUGCAUGACAGACUGUAUCCCAGAUACAAAAGAAAGUGAACAGAAAUCAGCAAAACAGGACUUUGAAACAGAUUUGAUGAGUACACACGUCUCAAGGCCUGCAGAGUAGAGCUGAAGCUUUGUUAAACCCAAGUGGGGGUGGGUAGGGGGGCGGGCGGGACGCCGAUGGUGGCUAAUGAAGACCGCUAACAAUAUGGCACAGGAUACACAUCGCUUUCCAACCAAUCCCAUCUCGAGGAGUGCGGCUUGGGACAUUUUAGCAGUUGGACGUUACGGUUGGCGCCAAGUGAGUCGGGGCUCGGCGCACGGUGAGGAAAAAAAAAAGGCCAUCGAUUCCACAGUUUUGAGUUUCAGAUUCAGUGUAGCUGAAUGGAGGAAGUGAAAGAAAAAAGCACGAACACGGAGGCUAGUUCCUGCUCAGCUCCCCUGCAGCAUAACAGGAAGAUGAGAAUGGGCUCGGCUUUUACCACUACACUUGGUCCUAUUAUCAAAGAAAAACUAAACAAAGCUGGGAUAUGAAUGGCAAGCUUUCAUAAACAAUAUUUAUAUUACAGGAGCUGGCAAACAAAAACGCUAUAAGUGCCUGAGCCAGUAACCGUGGAAUGUCCGUUGCUUUGGGUGGACAGGUGGGGGUGGGGGGGGGGGGGGGGGGGGUAAUGCUACCAGCGGCAACGCUCACAAAUCUGCUUCAUGAUAGUUAACCUGGCCGGUCCAUACGCCCCCCGCCCUGCCGUGCCCCCCCCUUACGGGGAGACGAGCGAAGACAGUGGACAGAGAUAUGCAUGUGCACGUCUCCCCUCCAGGACGUUAGCGUUGGGGGAGGGGGGGGAGACGCUGUGAGCCGAGUGAAGAGCUCAGAAGGCAUUGUUGACAAGACUGGCGCCAAUUCAGAAAGUGUUCUUGCUGGUCUCGCUGAAGUACAUCUGCUCUGAUGGGUCAACUUAAGACAAGGGGGGCGGGGGGUGAUUGGAGGAAGGAGAACUGAAGGCAGAAAAAGAAAAUUCAACUACUAACUAGGAUGGGGAGGGGGGGUGAAAUGCAAUUGGGUGGGUGGGAGAAGCCAAGUGGAUGGGCGGCUGGGCACGGGAUGCUUUAGUAUCCAGACUGCCUCAGGUAUUUGGCCAUGUCAUGUGUUUUCUUGUUGAGCGCCCCACCGUGGAUGCCUUCCUUCCCCAUCACCAUAACCAAUACUGCGGCAGAAGAGGGAAAACACAAUGUUAGCUGGGUGUUCAGAACAGAAACUGAACCUCCAAAAAUCACAGCAAUUAACCUAAACACGAGCUACCUGUUGGGAGACUCAUGUGACAGCGUCAGCAUCUUAAAGCUGUACACACUCAGUGUUUGUUCAACUGCUAGCAUAGAAGACAAGCCCAAAGUAUCGCAACGUGAGAGCAAAUUUAGCGAAAAACUUAAAAGUUGGCAUCCCCUUAUCGCUCAGCCAUGGGACAAAAACAAGCUAGCUGGCUAGCCGCAGCCAUAGAGACAAUCAAAGGGUGUAAACAAAGAUGGCAGAAACAAAAGAUAUUGAAAUAUCAGCAAUUUACAUAGCUCUUAAAUUCAAUGCUUAUGAGCUAUUAUGUACCUUUAGUUCUAACAGGCUUUUUAUUGACUUCAUUUUCUAUGCCGCUUAUCCUCACUAGGGUGGGGGUAUGGGUGCUGGAGCCUAUCCCAGCUGUCUUUAGGCGAGAUGCGGGGUACAAUCCCAGGGCACAUAUAGACAAACAACCGUUCCCACCCACAUUCAUACCUAUGGACAAUUUGGAGUGGCCAAUGAAGCUAACAUGUUUUGGGAAUGGGGGAGGAAAAAUGCCACGCACGGGUAGAACAUAGACAAUCCAACCCAGGUCUUCCAUCUCCGUCUGUGGCCUACUGGUCUGUGACAGACCCCCUCAAUUCAACACCACUAGAUGGCACCAUCACUCGGGCCUUGACUAUUGGCCAGUACCAAUAUCCACAAAAAGUAGCCUGUGAACUCCUGCUAGUACUGGACCCCACUAGCAUCUAAGAAACUUCUAGAAUAUAUGUUACAACUUCUUUUCCCCCUUGUAAAGCAAGUACUUAACGAGGGUGAUCAUUUUAUGGAGAUGAUGUGACUAUGAAAGUUCCAUUUGUUCCGUUUUUGUCAUUGGCGAUCGGAGCAAACCCAUUCAAACAUCGACCAACAGGAAUCCCUAAUAAUUCUACCAUUCGUUGUGUCAGCUGACCCCUUGUACCCUAGGUUCCCACAGCGGGGUAACGCGUACCGAGGGGUGCACACAUUGCAGUAGUGGGGUAACAAUUAGCACUUAACAUCCCCAAUUACGAGUGCAUCCAAAGGCAUCGGGGCAGAAAGGAGACGGAGCAUGAGCAUUAUGAUUUUUUUUAAUUAUGAUUAUUUUGGCCAUGCGUGUGACUCCAUUGUGGGGAUUCCACCAAAAAUUAGGCUUUAGCACUGGUUGCAUGCAUUUUUCUGCAUAAAAUAUAUGUAGAAUGAUUACUUAAAAUGUGCAAUAUACUAAUUAUUGACCCACAAGUACUGUACAAUUAACCAAUGAAUUGUGUUCAGUAUUUCAAGUUAAAAAGAAGUUUUUUUUUUUUUUUUACAGUGUGCAUAGUAGGGGAUACAUGGCUUCACAUCAAUUGUCUACAUGAUACGUGAGCAGAAAAAGUUUGGGAACAUGUUUUAGUCACAGGACUGGAUUUGAAGGCUAUCCCCAUCCUUACGGAAGGAAAAAACCUGCCUCAGAUCUGCCUAUUCUAUGUGGCAUAAGGUGGAUUGAGUGCAUUUCCACAUGCAUGGUCACAUUGGCUUUAGAAAUGACUAGACCAGGGGUCUCAAACUCUAUUUACUUGGGGGCCACUGGAGCUCAGGUCUGGGUGAGACUGGGCCGUAUCAGGUUUUCAAAAAAAAACAAAAAACCCAAAAACGCUUUUAUUAAAAUAAAUCAAGAAUAAAGAAAAUCAAUCAAUCAGUAAUAAAUAUAAUAAUAAUAAUAAAACGGCAAAUAAUAAAAACUUAAGAAACCACAUAUAGUUGGUGGGUAGACAAAUUAUUUUUUUCAGAUUAAAAUGAACAAAGCAUUAGAGCCCUGCAGACAUGACAAAACACGACUAUAGUCUCAUUUAUACUCUCUUUACAACAUAUUGCGCAGCUGCAGGGUCUUGAGACACAUGCUAACUAGAGAGCUAGCGACCUAAACGGUAGCCUUCAAGUUAUUUCCUUUAAACUUAAAUAGCCAAAAACUUACCACUUCCACACGGAUAGGGAGGAUAACUAUUAACAGUUAUUUAACCUUUAACAUGAACAUUAAUCAAACGUAAUAUUUUUUUUCUGGGUACAUGAUACCAUACAGCACCCAUAUCAAACUUGCGCGGGCCGCACUAACAUUAAACUUUCAUAUCAAGGCGGGGGCCUCAAAGUAGUGUCCUGUGGGCCACAUUUGGCCCGCGUGUUUGAAACCCCUGGACUAGACAACGGAGAUGUUGUGCUCACUUCAAAACGAAGAACAGACUUACCUCUGUCAGCUUUGCAUACAGCAACAUUGUACGUGGGCCCUCCUCCUUGACUCUUUGUCCGGAUGUCCAUUGACCAAUCACCGUCACUCUGGAAUUGAUCUCUAAUUACAGAGCACUUCUGUUUGCCUAAGGUUAGCCCGCCGGUGAGCAGGCAAUUUCGGUCACCAGCAUUUAUUGCGUCAAUUUCGUCGGUCUGGAAGGGAAAGCAACAGGUUAGGACAUUUAUUUAUACCCUGACUAUGUUUUGUCGAAUGCAAAAAAAAAGUCUUUGUUAAGACCCUUAGCUUGUAUGGACAUGCAAGGAGGAGAAGGAGUGAGCCAACUACUGAACGUUGACAUGUCGACAUGAAAAAAAAGCUCAACAAAAGGCGUUGCCCUCUUCAACUCCCGAGUAGAAGUGCAGAGUCAUAGCAGGCACUGCAAGUAUUCCGGAAGAGGAAAUGCUACCAAGCACUAGCCUCAACUUAGCAUUGCAACAUGAAGGGGAACAACGCCAAGAGAGCUGACAACUUGAAGCCCAAAUCUCAGCUUUGACAAAAAACUUUACACGCUACUAUACGCGGAUGCUAAUGCUAGCUAGCACAAUCACCAUGUCCAUUUUUUCUCUAUUUUACGGCAAAACUGAAGCUCUUUUAAAAAGAAUUAAUCAAGCCGACAUAAAGUCGGUUUAGUACAUUUCACUAAAAGCGAAAAAGACAAGAACUGCAUACAAAUUGGAACUAAAACACGCCUCCGAUAAGCGCCAUCUGCGGCAAAACUGCUCCAUUAGCCUCCAUGCCGAAUGAAUACAACGGGGAAGUACAGCCGCCAUCUUGGAAGGUGCGGGGCGGUAGCGGCUGUCGGUCGACAUUAAACCAAGAGAGGAAGAAGACGAAGACUGGAAGAGGAAGACGCCAAAAAACGAGGAAGAACAAACGACGAGAGCGUAUGAUUGAGCCGCCGCCUUUUGCGCAAAAAUACGGCUACAGUUCACUCAUUUAUCAAAUCCGGACGGCGGGCCUGUUUUAAGAUAACAUUACGCUAAAGGGAAGCUUUUGCAGUCAUAUUCUUUGCCACUGGCUUUGUUCGCAAGGCGCACCAUAACGCCACUUUAACGGUAUUUUUGGUGUUUCAUCAAAGUCGCCAUUAUUUGAUACAAUGAUUCUUCCAAAGUGCCGCUUAGUAGCUUCCGGCUAAAGUGCGCGCUUACAAACGCUAACUAUUUUCACAGUCUAGUUCGUUUAAUGUCACAUUUGUGAGAACAAAGGCACAUUUAGUGACAUUUUAACUGUCAUUAUGGCAAGUUAGCCGUGGGAACAAGUGCUAAAAAAGACAGGCCGGUUCGAGUCAAGAGCCACUUGUGUGAGCACCGGAUGCCAUGUGUGCUACACGGUCCGCCUCACUCCUGUCCACAGGGCCAGGCCCAUGCAAGAGAAAUACAGCAAAUACUCGCUAGAACAAUAGAAAAACAUGAACAUACUAACCGUAACGCCAGCAAAUGUGCCACCCGGGCUCGAUGCCCAGACGUAUUUGGAAUCGGUGUAGCCAACAAUGGCCGCGUCCUGGCAGGAGCCGUCGGCCAUCAGGUUUUCCACGUAGCUUUGCCAGGACAUGUUUUCUGAGGACGAGUCUAAGUUUUAAAAAAAAAUAA